UCACGCCACGCCUCUGCGUGAAGAAUUUUUUAGAGUCAGAUUUAAGCAAGUUGAAUUUCGCUGCUCACAGAGCGCAUUUUUAGCGUUUAGCGGGGCAAGCAGAGGACAUGGCCUACCAUAAUCAGUAUAGACCACCUCAUUAUAACAGCGCGCCGCCGGAUCAGGGCUUUUUAUGGAAUAUAUUUCAGAGGGUAGAUAAAGACAGGAGCGGGGCAAUAUCAGACACAGAGCUUCAGCAGGCAUUAUCAAAUGGUACAUGGACACCUUUCAACCCUGUGACUGUCAGAUCAAUUAUAUCUAUGUUUGAUCGGGAGAACAAAGGUGGGGUUAACUUCAACGAGUUUGCCGGCGUUUGGAAAUACAUCACAGACUGGCAGAACAUCUUCCGCACCUACGACAGGGACAACUCAGGGUUUAUCGACAAGAACGAGCUCAAACAGGCUCUCACCGGCUUUGGUUAUCGUCUUUCAGAUCAGUUCUACAACACACUGAUAGAGAAAUUUGACCGUCAGAAGAGGGGCCAAGUGGCUUUCGAUGACUUCAUUCAGUGCUGUAUUGUACUACAGAGGUUAACUGACGUGUUCCGGCGGUAUGACACAGAUCAGGACGGCUGGAUCCAGGUGUCGUACGAGCAAUAUCUCUCAAUGGUCUUCAACGUGGUAUAGCACAACACAAGCACGCCUGCUGCACUCUCUUGUGCCAAACGCCAAAUGUCCCUCCCUAUGUGGUCUGUAGCAGAGACUAGUCAACACUACCCUCUACAGGACAACACGGGAACGGGAUCUUUAUGACUCUUCAUUCCGUCUGUCUGUCUGUUUGUCUGUUAGUAGUCAUAUCAUAUUUCUUUAUGAUCUUAACCAUUAUUAUUGAUAGAACUAUGGAAUAUCACUCUUUCUCUGUGUUUAA